UUAAAGGUGAUAGUGGGAUGACAAUUGACGCGAACCGCCUUGGGUAAAUUUCACUUUUUUUCAUUUUCAGCGAAAUUUUUCAAAAUUCAGCUCCAAAAUAUACCCGCCUUUCCACCCAAAUAUUUUGCCCUAAUUUCUUCAAUUGCAAUUCACAUCUCACUCCAAAUUCCGCGUACACACACAGCAAACUCUCCCUACUGGCUCAAUUUCAUCGUAAUUGCUCCGGAAUUCUCAGAUUCGGUGUUCGUACCCGUGCAUAUAUGCGCGCAGAUUUUAGGGUUUUUGCGUCUGGUUAAAUCUUGAGAUUUUUUUUUAUGGCUUCCGAAAAGGAAACCGUGGAUAGGAGCGAGAAGCAAGAGGAGGAGGAUCAAACUGGAAUCGAAGAGAAAGGCGAAGUUAAGGAAGGCGCCGGUGAAGUAGAAGCAGAAAAAGCGGGGGAAAAGGAGGAGAAAAAUGAAGAUGUAAAAGAAAAGGCGGAGGAAAAUGAAGAAAAAGGAAAUGUAGGGGAAGAAGAAAAAGAAGUGAAAGAGGAGGAGGAGGAAGGAGGAAAGGCAGAUGAAAAGGUAGAAGAAGAAGAAGAUGUAAAGGGAGAUGAGGAGGAGGAAGAAGAGGGGAAGGGGAAAGACGAAGAAAACGAAGGAGAUGAAUCGGAGGAGGAAAAGACUGAGAAGAAGAGUGUGAAGAAGGGAUCGAGGAAAGCGAAGAAAGGCGAAACGGAGGAGCUGAAAUCGCCUAGGACGCCUGGGAGUGAGAGGCCGACGAGGGAGAGGAAGACGGUGGAAAGAUUUAUGGUGGGUGAGAGUGCAAGAGGAUCUGCUACCAAAACUUUGUCAAUUGAGAAGGGCCGAGGAACACAGCUUAAGGAAAUCCCUAAUGUGGCUUUCAAGUUGUCCAAGAGAAAAGUUGAUGAGAAUCUGCAGCUUCUUCAUACAGUUCUUUUUGGCAAGAAAGCGAAGGCGCAUACUCUGAAGAAAAAUAUCGGCCUCUUUUCUGGUUUUGUAUGGGUUGAGAAUGAGGAAAAGCAGAGGACUAAAGUCAAGGAGAAACUCGACAAAUGUGUUAAAGAAAAAUUGCUGGAUUUUUGUGACGUUCUUAAUAUUUCAGUCAAUAAAGCUGCUACAAAGAAGGAAGAACUCUCUGCAAAGUUAUUGGAGUUCUUAGAAUCUCCUCAUGCUACAACAGAUACCUUGCUUGCUGACAAAGAGAAGGGUAAGAAGCGGAAGGGUAAGGUCUCAGCGAGCAAAAGCCCGAGUUCGUCUAAUGCGACUGCAGCAAAAUCUGCUAAGAAACAAAAAGUGGAGUCUGAAUCUGGGAAGAAGAGAAAACAGCCCACCGAAGAAGUUGACGAUGAUAAAAGCGAAUCUUUACACAGCGAAGACGAUCACGAUGAUGACAUCACAGUUCCUGCAGCAGAAAGUGACCGCGAAGAGAAUGACUCUGAAGAAGAGGCGGACGAAAAUCGAGUUGAAACCAAGAAGCCGAAUUCUUCCAAGGGAGGUGCAAAGAAAGAUACUAAGCCUGUUAGUAAAGGAAGUUCUGCAACGCCGUCGAAAUCCUCUGCUAAAUCCAAGAAAGGAGCUGCUGAACCAGAAUCGAAGGGUAAAACGAAGGCGCCGGUGACUAAGAAACAAAAAGCUGACAAGGAUAGUGACAAGGAUACGAGUGCACCUGCAAAGGGUACUUCUUCAACCAAAGAAAAGUCGAGCAAGUCUUCGGCAAAAGCUUCGCAAAAGAAUCAAGGAGGCAAGAGUAAGAAAAAUGUUAAAAGAGAGCCUAGCAGAGAAGCAAUGCACGCAGUAGUAGUUGAUAUACUGAAGGAAGUAGACUUCAACAAAGCGACGUUAUCAGACAUCCUCAGACAGCUCGGAGAGCACUUUGAGGUAGAUUUAUUGCAUAGGAAAAAAGAAGUUAAAGAAAUAAUAACUGAAGUGAUAAAAAGCAUGUCCGAUGAUGAAGAAGAUGCUGACGAGGCGGCCGGGUCUGGUGAGGAAUCUGAGAAAGAAGAUGCUGAUGAGGAAGUUGACGAGGAUGCUGAUGAGGAUGCUGACGAGGAUGAUGAUGAUGAUGCUUAGUUAGAGAAUGAUGAUAAAAAAAAAACUAAUAUUUUUUUUUUCCGGGAUGUUUUUAAGUAGUGUUUGGAUUUUACUACGUAGGUGUAUUUAAUUUUGUAAGAUUAGUUUUCGAGGAUUUAUCGGAGGUUGAUAGGCAGAAACAAAAGUAUAUGCGCUCUGUAAUAAAUAGUAACUGCUCAAAUGUGAUUUUAGACCCUUUUGUGCUCCCUCUUAGUGACCAUUCAAAGUUUGUAUUAGUAGAACUUCGAUGAAUUAA